CGUCCGGGGCGGGGCCAGGGGAUUCGCGGCCGGCCGAGCCCAGGUGAGGCGCCGGCGGGGCUGUAGCCAGGUUUUGAAGCAGCCUCCUGAGUACCGAACAACCAGGUGGUAACUCUCGCUGUGCGGCCGUGACCAGCUCUGAUUCAUCCUCGCUGGCCUCAGCUACCCCUCCGCAAAGUGGGACCAGGCAUCAGAGAGACCCCAUGCCCGGAUCCUCGGGAGCUGACAUCCGGACCCUGCGCCCGGGCAGUCCUGCCCCCCAGCAGAGCGUGUCCAGGCUGGCCUUGGAGGAGCUGGCCGAAAUAGAGCUGCAGAGAGAUGAGGAGGCGGCUGCUGCCCUGGGCACAGUGAGAAGGCCCUUGGUGGCGCCCUCGGCUGGCCCGGACCCUGCUCUGAGCAUGAAUCAUCCCUUCUACGACGUGGCCAGACACGGCAUCUUGCAGGUGGCAGGGGAGGACCGCCUUGGAAGACGAGUCGUCACGUUCAGCUGCUGCCGGAUGCCUCCGUCCCACGAGCUCAACCACAGGCGGCUGCUGGAGUAUUUGAAGUACACGCUGGACCAGUACGUGGAGAGCGACUACAUCAUCGUCUAUUUCCACCACGGGCUGAACAGCCGGAACAAGCCGUCGCUGGGCUGGCUCCAAAGCGCCUACAAGGAGUUUGACAGGAGGUACAAAAAGAACUUGAAGGCGCUCUAUGUCGUGCACCCCACCAACUUCAUCAAGGUCCUGUGGAACAUCCUCAGACCCCUCAUCAGUCACAAGUUUGGGAAAAAGGUCACCUAUUUCAACUAUCUGAGCGAGCUCCACGAACACCUCAAAUUCGACCAGCUGAUCGUCCCCCCAGAAGUUCAGCGGCAUGACGAGAAGCUUCGGGACCUGCAUGCGGGCAGGCUGCCCCCUCCUGCCAAGACGCCACCGCCGCGGCCCCCUCUGCCCACCCAGCAGUUUGGCGUCAGCCUGCAGUACCUCAAAGACAAGAAUCGAGGAGAACUCAUUCCCCCUGUGAUGCGGUUCACAGUGACGUACCUGAGAGAGAAAGGACUCCGCACUGAGGGUCUGUUCCGGAGAUCGGCCAGCAUCCAGACUGUCCGAGAGAUCCAGCGGCUCUACAACCAAGGGAAGCCCGUGAACUUUGACGACUACGGGGACAUCCACGUCCCUGCCGUCAUCCUGAAGACCUUCCUGCGGGAGCUGCCCCAGCCGCUGCUCACCUUCGAGGCCUACGAGCAGAUUCUCGGGAUCACCAGCGUGGAGAGCAGCCUGCGGGUGACCUGCUGCCGCCAGAUCCUGCAGAGCCUCCCGGGGCACAACUACGCCGUCCUCAGCUACCUCAUGGGCUUCCUGCACGAGGUGUCCCGGGAGAGCAUUUUUAACAAAAUGAACAGCUCCAACCUGGCCUGCGUCUUCGGGCUGAACUUGAUCUGGCCGUCCCAGGGAGCGUCUUCCCUGAGCGCCCUCGUGCCCUUGAACCUGUUCACCGAGCUGCUCAUCGAGUACUAUGGCAAGGUCUUCAGCAGCCGGCAGGCGCAGCGGGAGCUCAGCGACGGUGGGGCCCCGGCAGACGGGCAGGGCGGCCCCUGCCCCCCAGACGGACCCGCCGCGGGCCUCACCAGGCCUCCCAUGCCUCCGCGUCCCCUGACCGUGACCGGGAGACCCCUCUAGGGCUGGAACUGUCACGCCGAAGCCUAUCCAUCGAUGUUUUUUAAACGUGCCAUUAAAUGAACCUCUAGUGAAGUUUUUAGAGAAAA